AUGACAAUAGAGCAAAAACCACUUUGGGUACUUGGAUAUGGUUCAUUAAUAUUUAAACCACCUCCACAUGCUAAAUAUGUGAUACCUGGAGUUAUUCAUGGAUAUACAAGAAGAUUUUGGCAAUCAUCAUCAGAUCAUAGAGGUACCCCGGAGCAUAAGGGAAGAGUUGUUACAUUAAUUCCAUAUGAUGAUAUAAAGACAAGAGAAGAAUUUAUAAAAGAUUUAUAUAAAUAUGAAGAAAAUUUACAUGAUGAAUUCCAUAAAAAUGAUUUAAAAGUUUGGGCAUGUGCUUAUUAUAUCCCUGCAGAAUUUUCUCAAGAAGUUACUGAAUAUUUAAAUGUUAGAGAACAAGAUGGCUAUACUAUACAUAAUAUUCCAUUCUUAUUACAUCAUGAUCCAUUAAUACAUAAUCAAUCAGAAUUAGUUGAAGCUAUAAAUCAAUUACCAAAGGACCAUUUGACGGGGAAACAUGUCUUAACAAGUGUUGUAUAUAUCGGUACAGUGGAUAAUGAAAGUUUUAUAGGACCAGAGACCAUUGAAGAUACAGCUAAUGUUAUAAGUGAAGCCCAAGGUCCAAGUGGUGCAAAUUGGGAAUAUCUAGAGAAAUUAUAUCAUUCAUUAAAAGAGCUAGAUAAGAAUGGGAAAGAUAAUUAUUUAGAGAAAUUGGUGGAAAAAGUCAUUGAAGUUAGAAAAGAGAAAGGCAUAGACCUCAGUUGA